GUCAAGGAGUUAAGUCCUGAAGAGAUUGAGCGACGUCGCAAAGCACGUGAAGCGGAACGAGAAAGUAAUCCAUACUAUGUGAAAGGAACAGCGACUGCUCCAAAACGUCCAACACGUUUCGUUGCCCUUGAAUCUUUGCAUUCUAACGAUGUGGACAAAGUCGACAUUCAAAGUCCCUUGGAAAUACCUGGAGUCGUUGGGUUGUCACGAUACAUGGAACAACAAGAUGCGACCAUGACAUGGAAAGAAGCCAAAGAGGACACGAAAAAGAAAAAGAAGAUGAACAAGAAGGGCAAGAAGAAGAAGCGUGUCAGCAGUUCCAGUGAAGAAGAAGUCAACCGAGCAGAUGGUGAGAUGCCGGAAGGAGCAAAGACGACAGACGAAGAGGACGCUCAUGCGCAGGGCCUUUCGGACGAGUUCCGAGCGCUGGAUAUCAACCUGGACGAGCCGCUACGACCAGAUGAAGUGGUACGAGGGCCACAGGCGUACAAUCGUCAGAGUGCUGCCCCGCGGCCUGCUCUUGUACCCCGUUCGCCGACGACGACAUCUUAUCAAAACCGUACCCCGCUGGAGUUGGGUGAUUCGAUAAAGAAGAAGAAAAGGGAGAAGAAAAGCGGUGAAGAUGGAGUUCACAAAAGGAAGAAGAAGAGGGCCCCGGCUGCUGCCGCGUCAGCAAAGAACAACGAGAUCGACAUGGAUGCGUGGUUGCAAGAUGAGGCACCUCCUGUUGUAGAGGCAAAUAGCUUUGGUGAUUCUUUAAAGGUCGAGAAGAAGGGGAAAAAGAAGAAGAAAGUCGCAGCGGCGAGGGAGGCAUAUGAGGAAGCGUCUGGUGUCUGCACUCCAUCGAAUCCAAAUCUGGACAGAGGAAUAUCCCCGCGCAUGGGUAAUAGCAGCACAGCGUUCAGCUCUAGGCUUUGUUCAAACUCGGAUCUCAGUGUGGACUAUUCUUCAUCAGCAAGUCUUGGCGUAGAUGGAGAAAUCGUCGCAAGAUUGGAGUUGACCGUUGUUGGUGGUCGACAACUGAAGAACAUUGAGGCGAAUAUUGUGGAUACACUGAAUGCUCGUAUGGUCAGAAGUGAGCCCGGAUUUUUACUGCCGACUCGUUUAUCACCUGGAGAAACCACCGAGCUGCGAUUACAUUUAGCCGUUGUGUCAAAAACCAUUUCGCAGACUCUUCGGGUAC